CCGCCGCCUCGCCUCGCCCGGGAGGGGCUGCCCGAGCCGCGGCCCCGAGGCCGGAGACUUCGCCGCGGGACGGAGCCCCCCGGGAUGCGGUAGCGGCCGCCGGGCCGAGGCCGUGAAGCAGCCGCCGCCGCCGCCGCUCAGCUCCGCGCUGGCUCCGUGCGCCAUGGUCACCCACAGCAAGUUUCCCGCCGCCGGGAUGAGCCGCCCGCUGGACGCCAGUCUGCGCCUCAAGACCUUCAGCUCCAAGAGCGAGUACCAGCUGGUGGUGAACGCGGUGCGCAAGCUGCAGCAGAGCGGCUUCUACUGGAGCGCCGUGACCGGCGGCGAGGCGAACCUGCUGCUGAGCGCCGAGCCGGCCGGCACCUUCCUCAUCCGAGACAGCUCGGACCAGCGCCACUUCUUCACGCUCAGCGUCAAGACCCAGUCCGGGACCAAGAACCUGCGCAUCCAGUGCGAAGGGGGCAGCUUCUCGCUGCAGAGCGACCCCCGCAGCACGCAGCCCGUGCCCCGCUUCGACUGCGUGCUCAAGCUGGUGCGCCACUAUAUGCCGCCGCCGCCGCCGCCGCCUUCGGACUCAGCGGCCGGCCCCGAACCCCCGGGCUCCGAGGCCUCCGAGGAGCCGGAGCAGCCGCAGCCGCCGCCUCCCGGGAGCCCACCCAGAAGAGCCUAUUACAUCUACUCGGGGGGUGAGAAGAUCCCCUUGGUGCUGAGCCGGCCGCUGUCCUCCACCGUGGCCACACUGCAGCAUCUCUGUCGCAAGACGGUCAACGGCCACCUGGACUCCUACGAGAAAGUCACCCAGCUGCCUGGGCCCAUCCGGGAGUUCCUGGACCAGUAUGACGCCCCGCUCUAGGGGACCGUGGGGGGCUGGGGGCUGGGAGAGGGACCUGGCUCCCCUCUCCUCUUGGCACAAGCACAAGAAUCCAUCCUGGCGCAGGGCAGUCUGGACGUGGAGUGGCUCUGAGGGAAGGGGGCACCCACCACCUGGCCCCCAACAGGCGGCCGGCCGCAGCGGCCACCGUGGCUUCUCCCUCCAUCCCUCCGCCGGCCCCCAGCUGCCCACAGGAGUGUGGAACUGCCGAGGAAUUUCCAAACUUUCCGAAGGAACUUGUUUGCUCUUUGAUUUGGUUUAAAAAAACAAAAAGCCGAGCGGGGGAGGGGCGGGGGGGCGCCUGGGAAUGACUGGCAGAGAGGCACCUGAGGAGGUGCUGCCCGUGCCAAGGGCAGAGCACGACCUGCAGGGCACACCUGGCACCCCUUGCCCUCUCCCUUGGGACAGGCCCCAAAGUCCACCUGCUGCCCAGGAGCCCUGUUCCUCCCCGGCCCCCGUUUUAAGGGGGAAAUGGCUUUUGGGGGAAGGACAACUGGUCGCCCCUUCACCCUCCUGGCACUGGGGUGGGCUGGGGGGCUGUGAGCCAUCUGGAACACUGCCCCGACCCACCCCGCCAGGCCCUGUCAGGCUGGGCCAACGACCCUCUGCCCCCAUUUCACCAGGAGGGGCCUGGCACACCAGAAAGUCACACCAGGUCCAGGGCUUCUGCCCCCCGGGGCCCCCAGCCAGCCACUGCCAACCCAGGUGGGGGGUGCGGACCGUGCCUUCCAGGGGAGCCCUGGGAGGGUGUGAGCCACCUGGCCCUGCACAGCUCCCCCUCCUUGCCAGCUGGGCUGGGGAGAGUCCGGGCCCCUGGCACCUGCAGCUCUGCUGCUGAGCAGUGUGACAAAUUAACAGAAUGUAUCCGCUGACUGUUCUCUGGGGGAGAUGGGGGGAGCCAGGCCCCUCAGGCCUUCUGGGUCAGGUCUGGGGCUGCCUUGGGGCAGCUGGUGUUGGGGUCCCCCCCACCCUCUGUUUUUGGUUUCUUGUUUGUAAUAAUGUUUACAAUCUGCCUCAAUCACUCUUUUUUGUAAAAGAUCCCACCUCCGGCCCUCCCCCUCCCCCACUGAGGCCAUCUAGGCUGACCGGAAAUGCUUGAAGAAUUCAACCCAGUCCCAAACUCCCGUCAAACUUUGCACAUAUUUAUAUUUAUAUUCAGAAAGGAAACAUUUCAGUAAUUUAUAAUAAAGAGCACUAUUUUUUAAGGAAAAAAAAAAA